CUGACACCAAGAUACAUAUCCUUGGGUCGUUUGCGAAUAUCAGAGUGGCGAGAGAUGCGAUUGUGAGUUUGAUUUUGGGAAGCACGCCGGGGAAGGUGUAUUCUCAGUUGAGGACUGUUAGUUCGAGGAUGAAGGAGAGGUUUUGAGACAUCUCGCUUUUCUCGCUCUGUCUAUGCGUGCGAAUACAAGGGGGUUGCUUGCGAGACGAGCCACUCCCCCCCUGUUUUUGCUUCUUGUCGUAGCGGAAUCACAUUUUGGCAACCCACCCACCCGCAACCAUCUUUUGUAUCUAGUUUACUUAUACCUCAUCCUCACACGGCGGGUGCAACACAACUCUCCCCUCCCCCCAACCUGUGUAAUUUAUAGCUAUUCACAUUAUCAUUAUGCAUAUAUGUACGUCCGAAGCUAUAGAGUACCACAGAGGACCGUUUAUUCUAUUCUUCCUAUGCCCGCAAAAACGAGCUAUGCUCGUGUGAGAUACCUCAACACCCCCGUUCGCACGCCCUCAUUUGGGAACCUCGCGCACGAACACCAACACCAUCAUUGGACACUCUAAAAAAGUGGCCCUCAACAUGUGUCGAUCUUCGUUCCUACGCAGCAGCAGCAGCCGCCGCAGCAGCCUCCUGAAUCGUCCGCGGCAUACG